AUAACUAGACGUACCUUCCUGGUACGCUUCGGGGGCAAAUCAGGCUCGUUUGUUAUCGCCAGAGGUAUUUUAGCUCGACUGCGUACCAAAAUGGUACGAUUAGGUGAGAACUGGGUAAGAGAUCUAACAGAUCACGUAAGAAAGAAUACGUGUACGGUUGUGGCGAGCGCUAACAGAAGCGAGAAGAGCGAGAGAUUUGCAACAGGCUGUAUUUUAUUACAAAGCAAAAGGCAAAAAAGUUUAAGAACUUCAUUGGCUUCAGAGGGCGAAGUCCAACAUCAUAUCACAAUCUGCCGCUUCAAUUAAACAAUGGUCGAAAGUAAAAGUGAGGAUUCUGACACAACUGUGAAGAGAGCCGAGGAAAAGGAAAGUGGAAAGGGAGCAUGCCUGUAUGUGUCCUCAGUAAAAAGUUCAGAUUCAACAACAAUCAUCAUCAAGAAGCUGGAGUCAUUAGGAUUUACUGUUAUCAAGGAAUCAAGCAUUGCAUCAGCUUCACAGUUAUGUGCCUCCAUGAGGAUGGCUCUUAUUGUGUUGGAAGACUGUGAAGAAAACAAUUUCAUUGAGACUAUCAAAUCACCAAAGGCAUGCAACGAGUACACACCCAUUGUAUUUAUUUCCUCUGGACCCCUGUCAGAUUCUGUCAGACACUUGAUGCAAGAGCAGUACAUUGAUGAGCUUGUGUUCAAAUGCUUGACACUGGAGUGUGAUUUGGGAAGUGCAGUAAAUCGUCUGAUAACGCAACCAGGACAAUUUGCAGUUACUCCUAAAUCAAAGAGGCCUGGCAUUGUAAGAAAAAGGAAAUUUGAUAAAGCUUUUCUAUCAUCAAGGAACAAUGAUUGUGAAGGUGCUGCAGCAGCAAGUCCUAAAGAAUGGCAAAUUCCAGCCUCAAAUUGGGGUCUACAUGUACCUUCAGUUUCAUCAUAUUUACAUGGCUAUGACAACACACAAAGUGCAUAUAAUCACAUUAAUCCACUCUUGAUGUCUUUAUCACCUAUGCAUCAGCAAGACUAUCAUGAGAAAAAGAGUGGUGUGCCUAUCCCAGCAAAACAGAUGUCAUGGGGUGGUUUGGACAACACACAGCUGCUGCCACACCAUCCAUAUCACUAUUAUCGUCAUGUUACAAAUGGGAAAAGUAAUGUUCAUGUAAAGAAAGACAGAGGUGGCACAGAGAGCACCAUUAUGUCUAGUGGGUAUAUGCAGAGUGAUAAGAAGCAACCUUCAGUGGUUACAAAAGAAGAGGGCAAGAAGCAGGCCAUGGAGAAAACGCCACAAGAUAUUUCCUCCACGAAACAAAUAGAGGCAAAAAAAAGCUGUGAUGGAGCAAGUGUUAAUUCCAAUGACAAAAACAAUCAAUCUGGGAAAAAGACCCCAAAGACAAAAGCUGAUAAAAGUGAUAACAGAAACCAAGAAAAGAAUGUGAAUGCAGAAAGUUGCUCCCCAAGUUCAGUAAACAAAGGUGAUAUUACUGGACUGAAGAGAAAGAAACCAAGGUCUACAGGGUUGACUUCCCUUGAACGGAAAGAACAUCACUUGGACAAGGAAAAGAAAAGAAGAGAGCGAAUCACAAAGUCGUGGCACUGGUUGCGGCAGCUUGUGCCAAACUGUGAUCCAUAUGCAGAUAAGGCCACUGUAUUUGAGAUGUGUGUUGCAUAUUUUCACCACUGCUGGAAUAACCAUGGUCCCCUCUUACAACAGAUCAACAAGGAUUUUUCAUCACUGAAUAAAGUCACCAUUUCCUUGGAAGACAUGGAGAAGAAAGUCAUGGAAGUUCUUUCAAAUGAAAGAAAAGCAUUUGGAAUUAGGGAAGAGCAGUCAUGAAAGCUUGAAUGUUUAACCAGAAUUUACCUGAGUAUAUGUCCACUGUAAUUCACUUGCAUUAAAAAAGUCUCUACAUGUACAGAAAUCCACAAUUAUUUAUUACAAUACAUGUGACAAUACACAAACUUACAUGUUGGAUUUAGUGAUAGCACAAAGAAUUGUUUAACAAAAUGUUUUGUAAACAAAAUUGUGAGGAAAUCAAACUACUAAAACAUUGCAACAGUCUGGUAUUUACAGUUUUAAUAAUUUUUUUAAAUCCUAAUUACUUAUCCAAGAGCUUUUUGGCAAUAAUAAAGUUGAUGUAUUUCAUUUCUUCCUUUGCAGUUAUUAACUUUUAGA